CUUUAAUAUAGGACGUCUGUACAGUAUAUUUUGUGUUGUACUACAGUUAUAUUAGCAGUUGAGUUGAUCCAAAUUCCAAUCAUUCGAUAAUUAAAAAUUCUUUUUUAAAAAGCAUCAAUAAAUACUUUACCCAUUUAUUCUUUAAAUUAUAUAGGUAGUUUUUACUUUGAGAAAAUCCAAAAUAAAUUACAACUAUAUUGCCUUGUUAAGGUAUGAAAAUCAAGUACAUAACUUGCCACAAUACAGUUUAGUUUUUCAUUUUUUAAUCAAAGUCAGUAGUCAGCGAAUAAUAAUAACUAGUUCACAUUUCUCAAGUACCUAUAUAGGCUGAGAGCAUUAACUUUGUAGACAUAAUAUAUUCUAUACACCAUGUCUCCACCAACAAUAAGGUCGUCUCAAGGAAAUACAGCCAGUCAGACUCAAGGGCCUCAAUAUGCUAAAGUAUUUGUUCAACGAGACUAUUCAGAUGGCACAACUGUAAAGUUUAUGACAAGUUUCCCACAAGGACUUGAAAAUAAAAUUGAGCGAACAGUUUUUGAAUAUACAAUCAAUCAGUUGAAUACAUAUUUUGCCGAAGCUGAAAAGGCAUCAUGUAAGACAUACUGCGAAGGCUGUUUUGCAUGUUUCACUGUGUAUACAAUGUUUUUGUGCGCAGAUACUCAUUAUGAAAAAUGUUUACGUAAAGUUGGAAAAUUUAUAGUUGAACAAAAUGAAAUGGUCUAUUUACCAAGAGGUUUGCUGCUUACCAAUCCUGCUGAACGAGGGUUAAGAAUUAUAGAAAUUACUAUGCUAGAUCAACCCAUAGUGGCCAGAACAUGACUCACAUUAUCCGUUUCGACGGAAGAAUUCUUUAUGUGAAAAUUGGCUAAAAAUAUUUAAGUGUAAUACAUAUACUAUUACAAUUCAUAGUCAUACAAACAAAAUGUCAAUCUUAUAAUGGUUUUUCAUUCAAAUAUUUUGAAUCUUGCAUUCUUAUGGUCUAUGGAAGAAAACUAUUGUUAUGUUAGUAUUAUUAUUAUUAUUAUUAUUAUUAUUUUUUUUGUGUGGUUUUGUUUG